AAUCUCCUGCCCCGUAUAAUCCGGAUUCGACUUUACCAAAUUGUCCAGCAGAGUCCAUUCGCGUCUUCCGGACAGAGGAGAGGACGACCUUGCGUGCUCCGCGCAUCCCGCUGCCUGCCUGCCUGCCUCCUCCGCCUCGCCGUCGCCGAGAACGGCACAAUGAGCUCUGGAAGUGGUGCAAACGAUGGCCAUGCUGAACAAUCAGCAUUAUAUCAGCAGCAGCUGUCCAAGAUUGGUGAAGUUAGAGCUUCCCUAGGACAACUAUCAGGAAAAUCUGCACUCUAUUGCUCAAAUGGUUCAGUUGCGAGGUACUUGGUAGCAAGGAAUUGGGACGUGAAGAGGGCUACAAAAAUGCUUAAGAAAACCUUGAAAUGGCGUUCGGAAUAUAAGCCUGAUGAGAUCCGCUGGGAUGACAUAUCAGAUGAAGCUGCGACUGGAAAAAUUUACCGAAGUGAUUAUUUCGACAAGAGUGGACGGAGUAUUCUUGUCAUGAGACCUGCAUGCCAGAAUACCAAGAAGGCUGAGGGGCAGGUCAAAUAUUUGGUAUACUGUAUGGAGAAUGCAAUUCUAAAUCUGCCACCUGGUCAGGAUCAGAUGGUUUGGCUCAUUGAUUUUGCAGGCUUCACCUUGCAUAACAUAUCACUUCAUGUGACAAAGUUGACAGCAGAUGUCCUACAAGGUCAUUAUCCUGAAAGAUUGGGCGUGGCAAUUCUUUACAAUGCCCCCAGGUUUUUUGAGAAUUUCUGGAAGUUGGCAAGUCCCCUUCUUGAGAAGAAGACGAAAAAUAAGGUCAAAUUUGUAUACUCGGAUAGUCCUGAGACCGACAAGAUCAUGGAAGAUCUUUUCAACAUGGAUGAGUUAGAAUGUGCAUUUGGCGGUAGAAGCCCGGCCACUUUUAACAUAAAUGAUUAUGCUGCAAGGAUGAGAGAAGAUGACACCAAGAUGCCAUUAUUCUGGAGCCCUGAGAAUCCUGCUCUUGCUUCAGAGCCAUAUCUGAUGAACAACCACGGGUCCCAACAAUGUAGCUUGGGUUUGAAGACUGAAGAGACCGCAUCUGACAAGGGUGAAGAAACAGAGACUACAUCUGACAAGGUGGAAGAAACAGAGACUGCAUCUGACAAGAGGGAAGAAACAGUGACUGCACCUGAAAAUAGUGGAGAAACGAAAACUGCAUUGGGGGAGAGUGGAGAGGCUGAGACUGAUUCUGUAAAGAGAGAAGAAAUUAAGACUGGAUUUGAAAAGGGAGAAACAGAAACUGGGGCUGAAAAGAAGGAAGAAACAAAGACUGAAUCAAGCACAGUUAAAUUGACAAGUUCUCCAGGGGAAGGUGUUGCAUCACCAGAUAAAAGUGGCAGCUCAUCUGAUCCGUGAAGUAGUAUCACCAUCAAACAUACAUGCCAGAUGUGGAUAUGGUUCGUCGAAAAAAGAUGUUGAUAAGUGAAUCCUCAUCUGAGAGAUGAACAUCAAAAGUGAUAACAAUUCCUUUAACACACGUCAGGGAAGUGCUGCUAACUUGUUUUGUAGUCAGCACCCUUGUGACCUUGUUUGAACAACUUUUGGCAAGAGAUGAAACUUAUCAGAUGGGAAACGAUGAUAAAUACUAAGUUACUCUCAGUUUUCUUAUGGCAUUGUUCCUGGGAAUCUAUUGAGUUACUUGUGUUGGAAUAUAUGCUAAUGAAAAUUGAAGUUUA